AUGAAGAUUUGCAGCGCCUUUGCCCUUCUCUCACUUAGUGGAGCAUCUGCUUUUGUUCCCAAUGGUCCAGCAGCCUCCUCCACAGCUCUCUUCUCCAGCGGUGCUCCUGUUGGCGCCGUAGGCACGGGUAUCAUGCCCCCAUCCGUUUCCGCCGGGGGUGCUAUUGCCGUCAAGGGUGUUGUCCCUCCCGCUCCUGCUGCUGAUGGUUCCAUUGAUGCUUUCGUUGACAAGUUCGACAUGCCCAUGACUAUUGUGCAAGGAGGAGCUUUGAGAACCUGGUCCUUCCCCACCAUGACUAUGGGACGUGUCAACAUUGCGUUGACCACCCAAGGUCCCAAGGAAGGAAACCCUUUGAAUUGCGAUCUUGCCUUCAACGAGGGUCCUGAUAACACUCCUCAACGAAUGCGUAUCUACAGUGGAAAGGGAAGACUGCGUCCUUACAAGAUGUGGAUUGAAACUCCUCGUGAUACUUCUGCUGUCUUUAUCCGCAACUUGGCUCCUUUGGAAUUCCCUUUGGAAGCCAAGGUUGGAACUGAGCCCGCCGAACUUCCUCCUCUCGAAGGCAUUCACGGUAUCACCGAUGACAUGUACGAAAUGAGCAAGCCCAACAUUAUUCAGGGUGCUGGUGCACUCCGGACUUAUGCUUUGGACCACUCUGUCACUUCUGUCAAGGUUUCCCUCAAGACUGAUGGACGUCCAUUGAAUGCCAUGGUCGAAUUGACUCAAGGUCCUAACGCCAUCAAGUACACCAUUGAAAUUUACACAGAAGACGGUAUGCUCCGACCUUUCAAUGCCAUUCUGGAAACACCUGGGCCUGGAAACGAACUUCGUAUUGUCAACACUGCUUCCAUGGAAUUCCCUCUGAUUGCCCAAAUCGGAAAGAGUGGUCAAUGGACUGAAGGUUACUACCACCAGUAA